CCCGAAUGCCGUUUUCACCUCUUUCACAAACUGCGGCUCUGUCGCGACACCGCAGAUCCAUUCUUCCAGCUAUCCAAGAGCCCUCAUGCUACCUUUGCCUCAGCUCAUAUACGUGAGCUUGAUGUCGCACAGAAUACCGCCGCUAGAAGCGGAAGCCUCGAGGGUGAUCUGCUUGACAGCGGAGCGUUCCAGGGCGUCUUGACCCGGUGCCCUGUAGAUGCCCUCUUUGAGCACGUGCAGAAGUUGUCGGUGACAUAUGUUGGCUGGUGGACAUUAACUGACGUGGACAGACUGAGAAUUGGCCAUAUAUUCAAGAAUGUGACUGAGCUUGCGUUGUGGAUGGUUGCUUUUCAGACAGACGAGGAACUUUUAGCUCUGGUCGCUUCAUUUGUAGCGCUCGAAGCCCUGUCCUUGCAGGCUAUACGGUUCCGGGUCAACGGUUUGGAGGAAGAUCGCUCGCACGCAGAGCACACCCUACCACCCAGCUUGCAUACCAUCUCACUCAACGACGUAUCCAAUCCUCGUGUUAUACGUUGCUUGAUUCCUUGUCCAUCCCUUCGAAUAUUCAAAUGUCAUUAUGUGAACUUUGCUGACUUCAAGACGACAGUCGCUGCAGAGCUUGAACAGUUAUUGUCAUCUGCUGGCAAGCGUCUUGAGUAUUUCGGUUUCACUAUUCAGGCCGCAGCGUCCCUUAAUGAC